CUUUUGCCUAGGUGGGGCCUUCACCUUGCAACAUGCUCUGAUUGCCGAUCUCAUCACCUGCAAGCCUCUUUGAUCCGACUGCAGUAGGGGGGCCUCAGAAAAUGGUUAAAGAACAGCUGCCUCCAUCCUGCUUUUAUUAGGCAGUCAGUCCACUUUGAUCCCGCAUUGAGCCAACUAAUCCCAUUGUUUAUGUCCCAUUUGAUGGGUCUUUCCGUUGCCGUAACUUUUCUCCUCUUCACUCGAGGUUGAACUCUCUCAGUCCAACUUUUCUCAGUUCCCAAAGCAGUGACUGCAAGAUUACAGUGAAAAAGGUAGAAACUUUCCAUUGAAACCUAGUUGAGUUGGGGCCUUCUGCUAUCCUUUUCGACGGUUCCUUUCCCUGUCUCUCUUACCUUCAUCAUGGUUUUUACUUUUUGUGAGGAUGGAUGAUGGGAGUUUCCGAAAGAACCAGAAAUAGACAGCCCCUUCCCAGGACUGUGAAAAUGACAAGAAGCAAUGGGAAAGAAACGGAGCACAUGCUUAUGCUAUCCUCAUCUCUUUCUCUUCUGCAUUGGUUGCAAUUUUCAAUCCUUUCCCUUUUGUCCUCAUCCUGAAUGGCACAUUACAUGGACCCUCACUGUCUCUGAGUAGAUAGAUUGGUGAAAUUCCCAGCUGGGCAACAGGUGGCAAUGGUUUUUGCACAGCUUGUGUGGCUGGUGAAAUAGCUCCGUCGUAAAGUAAUCUUUUGCUAAGUAAUACUGGGAUUAGGUGUCGAAGACAGUGUGUGGUUCUUGAUCUUCAUGAAAGCAGAUGGGAGAGACAACAGCUGCUUCAAAUGCUGCUCCUGAAGCGUCGGUUUCAUUUGGUAGGUUUGGGGAUGAUUCGCUCUCUUGGGAGAGAUGGUCAUCCUUUUCGCCUAAUAAAUAUAUGGAAGAAGUAGAGAAGUGUGCUGCGCCUGGAUCAGUGGCCAUGAAAAGGGCCUACUUUGAAGCGCAUUACAAGAAGAUCGCUGCUCAAAAGGCCGAGUUACUGGAUGAGGAGAAGAAAAUGAUGGCUGAUUCGUGGCCAACGGGUGAAAGAAAUGGAGAUCUGAAUAGGGAUGUCGAUGAGGCCACGUUUGAGAUCAAUACGCACGAGGAUCAAAGUCACUUCGGAGCAAUUAAACAAGAGAUGAGCUUGUUAGCUGAGGCAAAUGCUUUGUACAGUGAAGACCCGAACGAGGAUGACUUGAUUACUAUUGAAUGUCAAAGCUUGUUGGUUGUGGGAGUGCAAGUAGAACCGGAGAGAAAUCUCGAAAUCAGCGACUUGGGUGAACCAGAGGAAAUUAACUUGGUGAAGGAAGUGGUAGAAGUGCUCCACAACAUGGAGAGACCAGAAGAGCACAAUUUCGUGAAGGAUGUGCAAGAAGUGGUUCCUUCUAUUGGAUCUCAAGAUGAUGUCAUGGAAGUUCAGCCACAUUGUGAAAUCGAGACAAAAGCCACUCCAAAGUAUGAAGUGAAGAGUGCAAAGUCGAGUAAGCCAAAGCUCCCUCAAAAGAUUAGCGGCAUAAGUAAGGAGCAGAGUGCUGUGGUACAUAAGAGCAGGCCACAGUCACCAGUGAUGAAAUCGCCAAAAGUGACCACCCUCGACAGUUGAGGCGAUCGGCUUCCACUACCCCAAUAGCAUCCUCAUUGAGAUCUUCGGGCAAGCCAGGAAUUACUCCGUCUUCAACCAAGAGCAAGAACCUUUCAACAGGAGAGAAGAAAA